GUGCCGGCGGGGCAGGGAGCGUGGUGGUGGGGUUCGUCCGGGACUAGGAAGCUCCGCUCACUUGGGCAAGUUCACGCUUGGGCUGAUGGGGCAGGCAAUGCUCAUGCUUUUAGGCUUGCAUAGACCUGGCUUAUUGUUGCACUGGAAUAAACCAUCUCUGAGCCCUGAUGCUGGGUGCUUUGGCACAGGUAGGCAGGAGCCCCCUGUAGCCGAGUGAGGCAGCAUGGCAACCUGUGUGGAGGCUGCAUGCAGCGAUGUGAUGGGAGCUCAAGGAGGACAGCGGUUGUGAACAGGGAUAUGUAGAGAUCUGGCUGUGAUCUGGGGAUUUUCUCGGGAUGUCACUGGAGCCAGCUAUGAAGGCGGAGGCAGUAGCCACACUGGACAGGCGGAGGACCCCAGGGAUGACAGUGGUCAGUUCAGCAUCCCUGCUACCUGCAGGGAUGGAAAACCCUGACAAUGAGAUCUGCAGCCAAGCUUGUUGCUCCAAGGUGUGCUGAGGAAGUUGGAAAGAGGCUCAGAGUGAAGUGCUAAGGAGAGGAGCGUUGAUACCACAGCCUGAUCAAGGUGGGAGGCAAAGGAGGUGAGGCCAGACUUCUCCAGCAAAGGAUGGGAGAUUUGCAGAAUGCAUGGUGUCUUUGUAAAAUUUAAUCUUGUUCUGGAAAGGGUCAAGAGAAGGUCAGCCUGCUCCCUCUCCAGCCAGUAAAGCCCUCCUCAACUGUGAAAGCCAAGGCAAGCUGAUCCCUGCCAUCCUGCAAGAUGCCUUCUGUGCCUCUUGGAAACGCUUUUUCGGAUGUCCUUGUUAAAAAAAAAAAAAAUAAAAAAUUUGCAUAAUAAAGUUGAUUCUGAAGGAAGGUCUCUGACUCACAUCAUUCAUGCUGCUCUUCAUUCACACCUCAGUGGUUCAGCACUCGCCAAACUCUCUCACUGAAGCAAGCCAUUAAUAAAUCACUGAGGGAAAAUGCACCUACACAGCACAAAUUGCACAGUGCCUCCAAGCAUGGGAUGGUGUAGCACAGUAGUAGCUGCUUACGCCAUGAUCUUGUCCCUGCCUUCAUAUUUACAAAUACCUUGCUGUAUUGUUUUAGGAGCAGGAUACAUGGGAGGUAAAGCAGAAGGAAACCUGCCAGUUUCUCUGGUAAAAGGCUCAUAAUUAAAGAAAUUGGUAGGUUUUCACUAACUGUUACGUUUGAUCUUCACCAAGCUUCUUACUGAAGGAGUAUUUCUGUGUUACAGCCACGGUGGCCUAAUGGGAGGCUCUGGCAGUCCCCUUGCCUCCUUGUCCUGCAUCUGUUGGUGUUGCUGCUGUGUGAGUUGGUUCAUCUGGUUGAUCCAAUGGAAGACUGACCCGGAAGGUGAAAGAGUGUUCCUGGGUGCCAGGAAUGCCCACUCGGUCCUGAAGCGCUUUCCCCGAGCCAACGGCUUCCUGGAGGAGAUCCGACAGGGCACCAUCGAGCGGGAGUGCAUUGAGGAGGUCUGCAGCUAUGAGGAGGUCAAAGAAGUGUUUGAGAACAAGGAAAAGACGAUGGAGUUCUGGAAGGGCUAUACCAACUCUGUCUACUCUGUCAAGGACCCCGGGCACAGCACGGAGCGCUCAGACGCUAUGUAUGUGGUAGUGCCUCUUUUGGGAGUGGCUCUUCUAAUAGUCAUCGCCCUCUUCAUCAUCUGGAGGUGCCAGCUUCAAAAGGCCACCCGCCACCGCCCUUCCUAUGCCCAGAACCGUUACCUGGCCAGUCGAACAGGACGCAGCCUCCCCAGGGUCAUGGUGUACCGGGAGCGGUCACAAAGCCAAGGGGAAACCCAGUGUCAGCGAGAAGUGAGCAACCGCGUGGCUGGAGACAGCAGAGCUGGGGGCAACCCCCAGCAAGAUGGCACCCUUUACCCACCAGAGCAUUCGGUCUCCAUCCUCUCCAGACUGUCCAGUGCCAGCCCUCCACCUUCCUAUGAGGAGGUGACAGGCCACCCGGAGAGCAGCAGUGGCGAAGAGACCAGCAUCUCCUACAAUGACCCACCGCCCAAGUAUGAAGAGAUCGUGGCCGCUGCCCCUGCUGCGGGCAAAUAGUGGGCCUGCCUCCCUCCUGUCUCUUCACACACUCACGCUCACCCACCCACCCUCCCUUUGCCAUGCCCGGGAUCCCCUACAGGUGCCAGUCGGCACCCUGUCUCACUUGUACAAGCUGGUGCCAUCACACAAUAGCCUUACCCUCCUAACCAAAAAUAGCUGUCCCCAAGUGGGGUGAGGCUGGGCUGUGGGGAUGGCUCUGGAGCCAGCCAGCCAUCUUCUGCCCCAGACUCCCCAGUCACGUAAGUGCUGUAGCAGCCAGAGCAGAGCAGCAGCUUGCUCCUGGCUCAACACAGGGGUCUCCCCAUGGUGCAUUUGAUUUCCUCACUUCCCCCCUCAAAUAGACAUAACAUUUUCCAUCAUGAAAACAGCCUAGCUGCCUCCCCGGGGCACUGCUCCGCCUUACCCCAUGUCCUCACUGGGCCCCAUUUUGCUGCUCGGGGCUCUGAUUAGGAGUUAGGGAUGCAGGAGGGGUGUGGUGAAUUUCUGUCCAUCCCCAUGGUCAGUGUCCACCCUCUGCGACUGGGGAGAAAGUGCCUCCCUUGUGUGGAUUUGCUGCCAGGUGGUAGUGAGGAACUCAGUGUAUCCUGCGGUGCCUGUAGCAAUAUUUGCUGUCUGGAGAUCAGGGAGGCACUGUCAGGGAGGUGUUCUCUGAUCUAGCUCCCUUUGGAAAGAGGGAAAGGCUUGUGAUAGUCUUGUGCAUGAGGUAAGUGACUUUGAAGUAGCAGGUCCUUUUCCUGAUGCUCUCCACUUGGGGUGCCGAGAUGCCGGGCAGCUGGAGGUCUGGCUGUGGCAGAGGUGGCCCACGGGGUCAUCUCUGACCUCGAGCCAAACGUGGUCCCAUGGCUUUAAGCGGUGAGGGUGCUCCUCUUUCCUGGAGCAUGGCCUGUGUGUUGUCUGCCGCAGGGGUGGGAUGCUGGCACAGGGAGCCUGUGAACAGGCCAAACCUCCCUACCCCAAACCUCUCGAUCCUGCCUGGCCACUCUCUUUGGGGCUCUUUGUUCUCAGAGCGGGUAAAGGGGAAUGCGAGACCCCACUGUCCUCCAGGCCCCUCUGGUGGGUGGAGUGCGUGGUGGCCAUGGCAUGGAGGGCCUGCUGCAGAAGCAAGAGCUGACUCUGUGCCACUACCCAGUGAUGCCAGUGGGUCAGUAGAGCCAAACCCUGCUGCGCCUGACCACUGAGUGGUGGUGGAGCCAGGGCAGGGCAGAGCCAGGUGCUUUGCUCUGGGACCAGAGUGUCCCCUUUACCUGGGCAGCUGCUUUUGGGGUCCAAGCAACAGGGCUGUCCUUUCCCAGACGUCUAAUGGGUUAAAAAGGAGGUUGUGCUCACCAACCUCCCAGAGUAGCCCAGAAACUCCCAGCACUGCCACCUUUCGGUGUUAUCCCAGCACCAGUCUCUCCACCAGCACCAAAAAGCUAUUGUACAUCCAUCGGCUGCCUGCACCCCACUUGGUCCCAGGGAUCCUCUCACAGCAGGUGCCCUCAGCCCAGAGCUGAGGCUUGCCCGGUGUGACUGUUCUGGGGCAGGACACAGGAGUUUGCAGCUGCUGGCACCUUGUCUGUCCCCUCCCCAGGCAUUUACUCUGCCUUUUGGCCUUAGCAAAUCGGGGUUAUGGGAAGACCUGACAUCUGACAUUGGGGUCAGAGCCUGGAAAAGACCAGAGGGAGACAGAAGGGCGCUCUGCAUCCUCUGUCUUUGAUGCUCGGUCAUUAUCCCUGCAGUUUGUAUUCUGUAAAACUAGGUAUAUUUCUGUGCGCAAAAAAAAAAAAAAGUAUUUAUUAAAAAACCCUCACUGUC